AUGACAAUAUAUCAAUUUUUGCUACUGUUUCUACUCUGGGUAUGCCUGCCACAUUUCUGUUCUCCAGAGAUAAUGUUCAGAAGGACUUCUGUGCCCCAGAAAAGAAUUUUAGGUGCACGAGUGCCUAGAAGUGAUGGCAAAAUUCUGCACCGUCAAAAGCGUGGUUGGAUGUGGAAUCAAUUUUUCUUGCUGGAGGAAUAUACAGGAUCUGAUUAUCAAUACGUAGGCAAGCUUCAUUCAGACCAAGAUAAAGGAGAUGGAUCCCUCAAAUAUAUUUUAUCUGGAGAUGGAGCUGGUACUCUUUUCAUUAUUGAUGAAAAAACAGGUGACAUUCAUGCCACAAGAAGAAUUGAUAGGGAAGAAAAGGCCUUUUAUACUCUACGCGCACAAGCUAUUAACAGAAGAACUUUGAGGCCAGUAGAACCGGAGUCUGAGUUUGUGAUCAAAAUCCAUGAUAUCAAUGACAAUGAGCCAACGUUCCCAGAGGAAAUUUACACGGCGAGUGUUCCUGAAAUGUCUGUUGUAGGUACUUCUGUGGUGCAAGUCACAGCUACAGAUGCCGAUGACCCUUCCUAUGGGAACAGCGCCAGAGUCAUUUACAGCAUACUUCAAGGGCAGCCAUAUUUCUCGGUGGAACCUGAAACAGGUAUCAUCAGGACUGCUUUACCAAACAUGAACAGAGAAAACAGGGAGCAAUAUCAAGUGGUAAUCCAGGCCAAAGACAUGGGUGGCCAGAUGGGAGGCUUAUCGGGGACCACCACAGUCAACAUCACGCUGACAGACGUCAAUGACAAUCCACCGCGCUUCCCCCAGAACACCAUCCAUCUUCGAGUUCUUGAAUCCUCCCCGGUUGGCACAUCCAUUGGAAGUGUAAAAGCAACUGAUGCUGAUACUGGGGAAAAUGCUGAAGUAGAAUACCGAAUUAUUGAUGGUGAUGGGACUGAUAUGUUUGACAUCAGAACUGAGAAAGACACACAGGAAGGCAUCAUCACUGUGAAAAAGCCACUUGACUAUGAGAGCCGAAGGCUUUACACUCUGAAGGUUGAAGCAGAAAAUACCCAUGUGGAUUCAAGAUUUUAUUACCUAGGACCAUUUAAAGAUACGGCAAUUGUGAAAAUCUCUAUCGAAGAUGUGGACGAACCACCUGUUUUCAGCAGAUCCUCCUAUCUGUUUGAGGUUCAUGAAGAUAUUGAAGUGGGUACAAUCAUUGGUACUGUGAUGGCAAGGGACCCAGAUUCUACUUCUAGCCCCAUUAGAUUUUCCUUGGAUCGCCAUACUGACCUUGACAGGAUCUUUAACAUACAUUCUGGAAAUGGAUCCCUUUAUACAUCAAAGCCACUUGACCGUGAACUAUCUCAGUGGCACAAUCUUACUGUUAUCGCUGCUGAAAUCAACAAUCCCAAAGAGAUGACUCGGGUGGCUGUUUUUGUGAGAAUUUUGGAUGUUAAUGACAAUGCCCCACAAUUUGCUGUGUUCUAUGACACUUUUGUAUGUGAAAAUGCCAGACCAGGACAGCUAAUACAGACUAUAAGUGCAGUAGACAAAGAUGAUCCUUUAGGUGGACAAAAAUUUUUCUUCAGUUUAGCAGCUGUCAAUCCAAACUUCACAGUACAAGACAAUGAAGAUAAUACCGCCAGAAUUUUAACCAGGAAAAAUGGAUUCAGUAGACAUGAAGUAAGCACCUAUCUCUUGCCUGUGGUGAUAUCGGACAACGAUUACCCGAUUCAGAGCAGCACUGGCACACUCACCAUCAGAGUGUGCGCAUGUGACAGCCAAGGCAACAUGCAGUCCUGCAGCGCUGAGGCCUUGCUCCUUCCCGCCGGCCUCAGCACAGGGGCCUUGAUCGCCAUUCUCCUCUGCAUCAUUAUUCUGCUGGUUAUAGUAGUACUGUUUGCCGCUCUGAAAAGACAGCGGAAAAAAGAGCCUCUGAUCUUGUCUAAAGAAGAUAUCAGAGACAACAUUGUGAGCUAUAACGAUGAAGGUGGCGGAGAGGAGGACACCCAGGCCUUUGAUAUCGGCACCCUGAGGAAUCCUGCAGCUAUUGAGGAAAAAAAGCUGCGGCGAGAUAUUAUUCCGGAAACUUUAUUUAUCCCACGGAGGACUCCGACAGCUCCGGAUAACACGGAUGUCCGGGAUUUCAUUAAUGAAAGGCUAAAAGAGCACGAUCUGGAUCCCACUGCACCGCCCUACGACUCACUUGCAACAUAUGCCUACGAAGGAAACGAUUCCAUCGCGGAAUCUCUGAGUUCUUUAGAAUCAGGUACCACUGACGGAGACCAAAACUACGAUUACCUCCGAGAAUGGGGGCCUCGGUUUAAUAAGCUGGCGGAAAUGUACGGUGGCGGGGAAAGUGACAAAGACUCUUAA